UAGGCGUUUUGGUAAUACGUGUUAUGUUUAUUUUAAUAGUGAAUUAAACUGUUGUUGCUACAUUGCUGCGUGUAAAAAUGAAAUUUUUAUAUAUAUUGUUUAUAAUGUGGACUAUAGUUCAUUGCGAUGAACACACACAUUCCUAUAAAGAUGGAGAACAAGUAGUGCUUUGGAUGAACACCGUGGGUCCGUACCAUAACCGACAAGAGACAUAUGCCUAUUUUUCGCUCCCGUUUUGCGUUGGCACUAAAGUCACUAUUGGACAUUAUCAUGAAACUCUAUCUGAAGCUCUACAAGGCGUCGAAUUGGAGUUCAGCGGUCUUGAUAUUACGUUUAAGGAAAAUGUGCCGGCGCAGCAAUUUUGUGCCAUCGAACUCAACGAUCAAACUUACAAAGCUUUCGUUUAUGCUGUCAAAAACCAUUAUUGGUAUCAAAUGUAUAUAGACGAUCUGCCAAUAUGGGGCACUGUAGGUGAGAUUGAUGGAGACCAUUUUUACAUCUGGACUCACAAGAAAUUUGACAUUGGGUAUAAUGGAAACAGGAUUGUUGAAGUCAACCUUACAGCAGAAAACAAAGAACGGCUUAGUCCUGAUGCAAAGAUCCCAUUUACAUAUGAAGUUAACUGGAAGAAGAGCAACAUAAAUUUUGAAGAUCGAUUUGAUAAGUACUUAGAUCCAAACUUUUUUCAACACCGAAUUCAUUGGUUCAGUAUUUUCAAUAGCUUCAUGAUGGUUAUAUUUUUAGUUGGUCUUGUUUCUAUGAUACUCAUGAGAACUCUUCGAAAAGAUUAUGCUAGAUAUUCCAAAGAUGAUGAUCUUGAUGAUUUGGAAAAGGAUCUAGGUGAUGAAUAUGGUUGGAAACAGGUUCAUGGGGAUGUAUUCAGACCUGUACCACAUUUAUCUUUAUUUUCAGCAUUAGUUGGUUCGGGCUAUCAAUUGACUGUAGUAACUUUGGCAGUUAUUAUUUUCACUAUUUUUGGAGAAUUGUAUACUGAAAGGGGCUCACUCUUAUCAACUGCAAUCUUUAUUUAUGCAGCUACAUCCCCAGUCAAUGGUUAUUUUGGAGGAUCCCUGUAUUCUCGAAUGGGUGGUAAAUUAUGGAUAAAACAAAUGUUGUUGUCAGCAUUUUUCUUACCAGUCUUAGUUUGUGGGACUGCCUUUUUUAUUAACUUUAUUGCUAUGUACUAUCAUGCUUCUAGAGCUAUUCCUUUUGGCAGUAUGAUUGCUGUGAUGUCUAUCUGCACUUUUGUGAUUUUACCAUUAACUCUUGUUGGAACGGUACUUGGAAGGAAUUUAGCUGGACAACCAGAUUACCCUUGUAGAAUCAAUGCAGUUCCAAGGCCUAUUCCAGAGAAGAAGUGGUUUAUGGAACCUCUAAUAAUCAUUAUUGUUGGAGGAGUAUUACCAUUUGGAUCUAUAUUUAUUGAAAUGUACUUUAUCUUUACAUCAUUCUGGGCAUACAAGAUCUACUAUGUGUAUGGGUUUAUGUUGCUAGUGUUCUUAAUAUUGAUGAUUGUAACUGUAUGUGUCACUAUUGUUUGUACUUAUUUCUUGUUGAAUGCUGAAGAUUACCGCUGGCAGUGGACCAGUUUCUUAUCUGCAGGGAGCACUGCAGUUUAUGUGUAUUUAUAUUCAUUUUACUAUUUCUUGUUUAAAACAAAGAUGUAUGGUUUAUUUCAAACAACAUUUUAUUUUGGCUAUAUGGCUUUGUUCAGUUUAGCUUUAGGCAUUAUUUGUGGGACAGUUGGCUAUGUAGGCACAAGCAUAUUUGUACGUAAAAUUUACUCUACGGUAAAAAUUGAUUAAACCAUUGAUUUGUAAAUGAAUAUUAUGAUAAAUGCAUUAAUGAAUGAAACAAAAUUUUCAUUCUGAAAUGUUGAAUAUAGCAAUAUUUUUUCAUUAAGUAGCAUAUAGUACAUGUUACUUAUUAUGUUAUUUAGGUUAUUGAAUAAUUAUUGCAAUAUUUGCAUUUAGGAAUUACUGCUAUGUGACAGUUCACAUUCCUACAGUCAAUAUUAAAAUUAAAUGUGUAGAUUUUUUUAAUAUGGUUGCUAACUCAAGCAAUACUAUUGUAAUUAUCACUAUUUUUAACUGGCCUCUAUCUGUUUUAUAUUUAAUUAUCCUUGCAUAUAAUUCUUAUUAAUCACAUUACACUUUAGGUAUAGAGAGUAUGUACCAUUUCAAUCAACCUGUAGUUAAAUUUGAAAAUUAAUUAGUAUUGUUUGUCAUAAAUAAUCGAAUAAUCUAUUGCAGAAUGAAUAUAAUAAACUUGAAAUUUUAUUUUAUGGAAAAUAAAAACCAUACUUCUGGUAACAAACAACUAACAAAAAAACUCAAUUUUUGUUAUUAUAACAUUGCAAAUACUUGUCAUAGUGGCAUCAUGUGAUGAAUAUGGGUUCUGGUAACCACUACACCAAGUGGGUUUUUCAACUCUUGGCAAUCUCACAGGCGCAGCCAAGCUGGUGCCUAGUGUCAGUAAAUUAUUUUAAACAUUCAAGCAGAAUAUGAUGUAGGACUUAGGAAACAUUUUCGAGGUGACUUGAUUGGGAAAAGAUCCCCUGAAAAAUAUAUGGAGAGUUUCAGGCAUGGGCAACAAAAAAUAAAGAAAUGUGUUGGCUUUGAACACCGUUUCAAAUUAUUCUUAAAUAAUUUAUGAAAUAAAAAUAAGCCUGUUUUUGGACUAAAUAAAUUUGUUUUUGUGUAAAAUGUAAAGCAAUUCUAAUAACUAGGUUUGCAAAAGUUACAAUAUCAUCUACCUAUCUGUUUUAAUAGUUCUUGUGUAAAUAUUUUCAACUAUUUAAGAAUAUGAUUAUGUUAAAUUAGGAAAUAGAUGGAUACAUGUCCUUUUGUUAAUAGAUUAAUGUUUUGUAUGUGUGACUUGAUAUUUUAUUUCAGUGACACAGUCUUAUGUUAUAACAAGUAAAAAUAAAAACGUUUUAUUUUAAUUAAGUUAGUCAUGCAUGACUUAAACAAACUAUAUUUCUAACUUUACUAGAUUUUUAAACAGUACUUUAAAUUUUAGUUAUCAUGUUUCAAUCUGAUGUUAAUAAA